AUGCCCAUUUCCCCCCGCUCACUCUCUUGCCCCCUUCAUUCAUCCCAUUUCCCCACAGCUCGCUCUCUUUCCCCCUUCACACAUCCUACUUCCCCUCUGCUCCCCCUCGUUCCCCCUUCUUUCAUCCCGUCCCCCCCCAGCUCAUUCUCUGGCCCCCUUCAACCAUCCAGUUUCGGCACAUCUCACUCACUUUCCCCCUUCACACAUCCCAUCUUCCCCCCCUACUCACACCCUAUCCCCCUGCACUCAUCCUAUCCCAUUUUCGCCACUCACCUCAUUUCCCUCUGCUCACUCCCUUUCCCCCUUUUCUCAUCCCAUAUCCCCCCUGCUCACUCUCUUUCCCCUUUUGCGAGCCCCAUUUCCCCCCUGCACUCAUCCCAUUUCCCCCAUGCUCACCCUCUUUCCCCCUGCUCUCAUAACAUUUCCCCCCUGCGAACUCUCUAUUCCCCGUCUUUCAUCCCAUUCCCCCCCUGCUCACUCCAUUUCCCCCCACUCCCACCCCAUUUCUCACCAGAUAACUCCCUUGCUCCCUUCAAUCUUCCCAAUUCCCCCCCGCUCACUCUCUUGCGCCCUUCAAUCAACCCAUCUCCCCAUGCCUCCCCUCUCCAUGCUUUAUCUCCCCGUCCCUCAUCUCCCCAUGCCUCCCCUCCCCAUCCCUUAUCUCCCCAUCCCUCAUCUCCCCAUGCCUCAACUCCCCGUCCCUCAUCUCCCAUGCCUCCCCUCCCCAUGCCUUAUCUCCCCGUCCCUCAUCUCCCCAUGCCUCCCCUCCCCAUCCCUUAUCUCCCCAUCCCUCAUCUCCCCAUGCCUCAUCUCCCCGUCCCUCAUCUCCCAUGCCUCCCCUCCCCAUGCCUUAUCUCCCCGUCCCUCAUCUCCCCAUGCCUCCCCUCCCCAUGCCUUAUCUCCCCGUCCCUCAUCUGCCCAUGCCUCCCCAUCCCUUAUCUCCCCAUCCCUCAUCUCCCCAUGCCUCAUCUCCCCGUCCCUCAUCUCCCAUGCCUCCCCUCCCCAUGCCUCAUCUCCCCGUCCCUCAUCUCCCAUGCCUCCCCUCCCCAUGCCUUAUCUCCCUGUCCCUUGCUCUACUUCCGACACCAACACUCUCUUCCUAACCCACUCAUUCUCUUUCCCCCAUCGCUCGCCCCAUUUCCCCCCUACUCAAUCUCUGCCCCCCUGCACUCAUCCCAUUUCCCCCAUGCUCACUCUCUUUCCCCCUUCUUCCAUAGCAUUUCCACCCUGCUCUCUCUCUCUCUUCCCCGUAUUUCAUCCCAUUUCCCCCCUGCUCACUCCAUUUCCCCCCACUCUCACCCCAUUUCCCCCCACUCUCACCCCAUUUCCCCCCACUCACUCUCGAUCACCCUUCAAUCGUCCCAUUUCCCCCCGCUCACUCUCGAUCACCCUUCAAUCAUGUCACUUCCAUCCGCCCACUCUCUUGCGCCCUUCAAUCGUCCCAUUUCCCAACGGCUCACUCUCUUCCCCCCUUCUUUCGUCCCGCUUCCCCCCUGCUCAUUCUCUGCCCUUCCCCAGCGCUCACAGAUUCCCUGUUCCAGCGCCCGCACGUACCCUUCGACAUCGCCCUCACAAACCCUCCCUGUCGCCCUCAACCUCAUCCCAUUUCCAGCCAGCACCCUCAAAUUCCCGCAUUCUUGCCCCCACCCCCCACCCCCCACCCAUUACUUCCAGCUCCCCGCUGCUCCCCCUACCACUUACUCCCAAACCACCUCCCUUGUCCCAUGCCACCUUCACACUAUGCCAUUGACCCACACUCUUACCACUUAG